CCCCCCCCCCCCAAUUCUACUCCUCCUCUUUCUCUCUACGUGUGUGUGUGUGAGUGUUUAUGAGUGAGUGAGUGUGUGUGCAGGAAGACGAAGCGGCAGGCAGUAGGAAGCACCAAGGACGUCCUUUUUCCAGCCCCGGGGAGCCAGCCAGAGAUGCAAGGGACGAGCAGUUAGAUUAGCCCGUGCUGCUGUUUGCCUGCUGCAGGAUAACUUCGCUCCGGAGGCGGCUGCGGCUCCAGCUCUGCUCUCUUGAUCCUUGUUUGGUGUGUUGAGUGUGUGAGGAGGAUUUCAUCCAGGCGCCGGACGGAGAUCUGGCAACCAAGGACUUCUACUUUUCUGCAACUAUUGAAUGUAACAUCGCUUGGAUAAGGAAGGCAGGGAAUUAAAAGCCAUCGUCAUGAAUUUCGUUAUGAAACAAGCGUUGGGAGGGGCCACCAAAGACAUGGGCAAGAUGCUUGGUGGAGAGGAGGAGAAGGAUCCUGAUGCUCAGAAAAAAGAGGAAGAAAGGCAAGAGGCGCUGAGGCAACAGGAGGAGGAGAGGAAAGCCAAAUACGCAAAAAUGGAGGCAGAGAGAGAAAACAUCCGGCAGGGCAUCAGGGACAAGUAUGGCAUCAAGAAGAAGGAGGAGAAGGAAGCCGAGGCAGCAGCUGCUAUGGAGCAGGCCUCUGAGGGCAGCCUCACCCGUCCGAAGAAGGCGGUUCCCACCGGCUGCGGUGACGAGGAGGAAGAGGAGAGCAUCGUGGAUACGGUCAUGAAAUUCAUCCCAGCCCCGCUCAUGGAUAUGUUCAAUAAAAAGUAACAGUGUUUUUGGGUGAAAUCUGAUUAACUUCUUACAACGCCCAUCUAACCAAUGCCGUACCACCCUGCCCGCCCAAACCUGCAGUCACACCUUUCUUCACCCCCCCUCCCGCCCUUUCAGCCCAACUUCUAAGUGUCCUGGAGUCGUGCAACGUGUCCUGACUUUGCCCUCGAGUUAAAAUAUCUGAUCUCUGAUGGUGGUACUUAGUUUUUAAUUUCUCAUACAGAGCAUCUUUCCUGAUAACCUGUGAUUAACUCUGUUUUAAAAAAUUAUGUAACACCUGCACAGAUCCAGUGUCUUAACUUCAAGGCAAACUAAUGCCGCGUUUUCAAAGUGCCAAGCACUUAGAAAAAGCUGAGACAUCAUUCAUCAUCCACCCUUUUUGUUUGUAAAUAGACUUGGGUUAUAAAAAAAAGAGAAGUAUAUAUGAGUGAAAUAUGACAUAUAACAAGAUGACUAAGAGUAUAAGCCAUAUUUUUAACUUUUAAGAAAUUAUCCAAAUCAUAUCAAAAUUUGAUUGAAUUAUCCUGUUAUGUUCUUGCUAAUAUUUGAUACAUACGAUGUAUAUAAAUACUUGCAUUUUUAUUGGUUCUCCGUUGUGAGGAUUCACCCCAUAAACUGUCCCUCAUGUUCUCAUUGGUUUACUGUGAAUGUGUAAAAUGACACUGGUAAAGUCAAAACAUCUGUAAAACCAGAAAGUGAAGGAAUUAAUCAUUUGGAAUGAGACUUUUGUUUUUGUUUUGUUUUGUUUCCUUUUUUUAAGCAUGCAGUAAAACUUUGGUGAAGUGAAGUACACUUAUGGAUACCAUUUUAUUUGUUAUGAUAAAGCGAAAUCCAUUGAUAAUUGAGGCAAUAACUGGUUUUCCAUUUUUAUUUAAUUGACAUCAUAUCCACCAUGUACAGUAGGCGAUAACUGACUUUGUGUCUGAAAUGUUCUUCCAUGGGGAAAACUAUAAAUGUUCUCCAUACCUAGAGUUUGUCUCAAAUCAGUUAGGGAACAUUCUUAUAUCUUCUCUUAUAAAUUCACUUACUAUACAUGUUUGUGGUUUAAAAAUUCAGUUAUAUGUCCUGUGGCAGGUGUCGCUCGCUCUGCUUUUGCAAUAGGACGAGUAAAAGUUUGACCAGACUAGCUGAUUUUGAUUUGUGUUAACAUUUUCAUUUUUUUUUUUUUUUUGUAAAAAAUUGAAACUUCACAAACACAACUACGUUGUGAACACACUAUAUGUGAACAGACAGUGACAAUAGUGCAAUAUAUUGUUCGAAAUGAAGUUGUCCUGUGUCCGUUGGUUUAACUGAUGGGAGUGAAGUCCCAAAUCAGCAAUAACAGACAAUCUUCAUUGUUGUGUGUUUAAAGUUACUCCUUAAUGUGUUAGUCGAUGUUAAAGACACAGACGUGUCUUCAUAGUGACAGUGAAGCGUUUGUAGGUCAGAAAUAUUUGGUUAAAAAAGAGAAAAGGGGGAAGGUGGGACGAUUUGUUUCACGUCGUUAAAAACUAUUCAGUCACAUCACAGAAUGACGAGCACAACGGAGGUUUGUGUUCGGAAUCACAAACCAAGAGGUAAAUCAAACUGCAGGUUUUCAGAGGCAGGCAUUAGCAUGAAAGCUCCAUGAUGAUAGCAAAUGUUUACCAGUCCUACAGACUUCGGGUAAAUGAGUCUAAUGGCACAAAUUCAAAGGGGGUCAUAUGAGGGUAAAAUCGGUUUUAUCUCCAUAUGCCUUGCGUUUUUUUUUUUAUUUCUCCUUCAUUCCACAGUGUCUUGUUAAAACAUUCCAGAUAUUUCAGACAUUCCACCAGACUAGUGCUGGUAACACACAAACUUGGAUAUUUGCAGUAGGCUUCAGUCAAUGCCUUGUUAGCCUACAAGUACAUCACAAUGAAUAAUUUGAUGUUGUUAUAAUCUGAAAAUAGACACUAGAGUGAAUCUAAUAUACAUUAAGAUUCAUAACAUGACCAAGUCUGCAGUGAUUUCAGCUGUUGUGUAGGUUAAAGACAAAAAAAUCCCUCAUGAAGUCUAAGGGAAAGCUUAAAUGUGCUAAUAGCAGUGACCAGUUAACUCUUGUGAUAAAUUUUGUUAGAAGAUGUUUUCGUGAUCCACAUGCGCACAGUAGCUGUACUUGUAAUCAAGGUUUUCUAGACCAACUUUUCUGCCACAUUGCCACUGUUUUUUAUUGAGCUAGCUAAACAUAAAAUAAUGCUAAUUCUGAACUUGUGCAUUCCUGUGGCAUAGACGGGGGAAAUGUAGCGCUUAUCAGCGCUUUGUGAGCUCUGUAAUCAUGUUGAAUAUAUACAAAAAAAACAUCUUCUUGUGAGUUAAAUGUAUUGUAAACUGCCUUUGCCAGCCUCUGUUUAAACAGUGUGUUAGCAUAUAAUUAGCAUCCAAUAGCUAUGGAACCAUCAACACUCCAUUAUCCGAGCAUUAUCCAAUCAAACCAAAGAAUAGUGCUGGUAGUAGUAGACUUAGACAAGAGUUUUCAUUCUCAUUUAGUUACUGCAUAUUUUAUUUCUUUUGAAGUUCUCAGGUAUUCUAGCUUUAAGUUUUUAAUAGAUGUUUAAACCAUAACUAGCCUUCUCUUAGCAUAAUUAGCCUUCUCUGCUGAAAACUGGACAGAUUCAUUGCCAGGGGCCUAGCAAGCCUGAACCAACUUUUAUUUAUGAAUGACAUAUCUCUUGUUUGGCCCAAGAAUAUUCUAGAAAGCUACAAUUACUGCCCCUGUAUAGGACUUUCCCACUAACAUACUCUUAGCAACAUUGUCAGUGUGUGCAGUGCUUCAGGCUAUCAAACUGGUGUGGCCUGAAACCAGAUCACCCUUCGCAUUUCAUUCACUGAUGUCAUCAUAAACCCAUUUUUCAUUACCUUGUAAAUGCCAAUUGAUUGCGCUCUAAAUGGCUUAUAGACCACUGCCCAAACAAACUGCCCAAGUCAUGCGUCAAUCAAUAUUUGGUCGUCCAGUAGAGACCCACUUCGGUUUGGACUCACUCAUUUGUGCCGCUCAUACAGCCAUUAAUACAAUAUUUAAAAAAACUGCCUGAAAAAUAUGCCACUUAAAAAAAAUACUUCUUUUGAUGUGACUUGAAUGUAACUGUCUGAUGUUUCUCUCUCCUUGCAUCUGUCUUUCUCUGUUCUGUACGUGUUGAGAGGAUGCUUACUCUGGUGCAGUAUUUUUCUCUUUCUUGUCUGUAGAAGGUCUUGUUUCUGUCCUCUGGUGGUUGGUAUUUUGAGAAAAAACAAAAACAAACAAAAAAAAAAAACAUGCUGAUUUGGUGCAUUUUUUUGGUACUGCAAAAUCUUCUCACCCUUCUCCUUCCUUCUCUCGCUCUCUCUCUCUCUCUUUCUUUCUCUCUCUUUCUCUCUCUUUCUCUCUCUCUCUCUCUCUCUCUCUCUCUCCCUAUUUGUUGACAAAAUGUAUGCAUGCUUAUGGUGUGCGAUGUAGGCAAGGUUGUUGAUAUACUCGUUUCGUGUCCUCUGUGUUUCAAAGCUCCACCUGUUAGCCUCACUGCAUGCCAUUUUAGACAGAUAUUUCAGUCUGUAACUUUCCUGCAAAAAUGGAAUCACCGCACACUCUGAGAAUAAAGUGAUUUCAUAUAA